AAGCGCUUUCUCGAGGGCCGCUGCAGGGCGUGUACUACAAGACAGCCGCCGCCGUUUGACGAGAAACAUUCCUGCAGGGAAAGCAGUUCGGUACGGAGGCUACGUGCUUUAAGCUAAGAAACUCGUUCUUUCUAUUUAUUUAGACCAGCGAAUACUUUUUUUGGUCUUUUUCAAGCAGUAUUUAAGGCCACAAUGCGCGACAUUACCGUAAUCAUCAGCCCAUUGGCAUUGAUCGCCCUCUUGGAAGCGGUGACGGCGAGACCUUCGCUCGUUCUGCCCGGCGCUGCAAAGCCGUCCAAAUUCGACGAGUACGCCAUUGACCCGCCCGACAUAGUCCAACGCGGCGGCUUGCACGAACAAAGGCCCGGCAGCGACGACGAACUCGACGUGACCUUGAGCCGACUUCCGGCCGAACUGGCACCUGCUCAUGGACUCCGGUACCAUGACGUUGUCUAUGACAUAUCGUCGGAGACGGCUGGCUACUACGACGACGACCGUGGACCUCAGUACCGCGCUUACAGUGCCCCGGCUUACAAGGCCGCACACUCGGCCUCUCGCCAGACUUUGCGCACUGGAUCGGAGGCGUCCAGUGUUCCUUCCGAAGUGGUCAAGCGGUCCUUGGGACCCUCUGGCCUCUCCGAUCGCUCUCGGCCGGUCACCGAGGCGCCCAGAAAAGCACCGUUCUCGGUGGGGUACACCCGGGAGGAGGACGACUGGCUACUCUUAUCUACGCGGCACCACGACCCCCACUGGGAAGCACCCACGGCGUAUCGCGUGCCCCCGUUCACGGUGGCGGUGCGCCGGUAAGCGUCCCGUAGGUGCGUGUUUGUGUCUGUGUAUGCGCGUUAUGAAUUGCAAUAUUUUUUAAUUGGCUGGCACCUUAUUUUACUUUAACCGCGUUCUCUUCUGUGCCAAUAAAGUUGUUUCUUCUGUA